AUGGGUACCUUUGGCGCACGUAUGCUCGGCCCUGCAAGCCCCCCGAGCAAAAAGGAAGAAUCGGAAUCGAGCUCUGGAGGGGAGGCGAAGCCAGCAGGGGACACGAAUGCUGCCAGAACGUGGAGGAUGGGCGAUGCGUACGACCGGAAGAUGGUGCAUCACGAGGGCAUAAAGCAGCUCUGGGAGUCGAAGUGGAAGUUCCCCUGUUCGAUGAGCGUGUACCCCUUCCACGACGGCAAGAUGGAGGAUUUCGAGCCUGUCUUCCUGGAGCUGAUCAAGAACCACAUCAACGAAGGAACUAGCCCUGCUUACACCGAGGCUUUCUUUCCCGUCGCGGCAUCACUGACGGAGAGAGGCGACGGGGAACAAGACCCCGAAGCAGCGAGCGCCUUGUAUCUCCGCGCCGCCUGCCUCUAUCGCAUCGCCCGCUUCCCCUACAUCUCCGGCUUCCCCACGCCCAACGACGCCACCAAAUGGCAAGCGUGGACCCUCCAAAAAGCCGUCUACAUGAAAGCCGCCUCGUCCUGGCCGCAGCCCAUCCAGGACCUCACCAUCCCCUUCCCGCACCACUCCCCCACCGAGCGCGCCGAGAUCCCAAUCUACGUGCGCCUGCCCAGCGCGCCGCCAGCCGCCGCCGCCGCAGCAAGCACCCAAGUCCCCGCCGUGAUCCUGAUGACCGGCCUGGACGGCUACCGCCCGGACAACACGACGCGCAGCGACGAGUUCCUCGCCCGCGGCUGGGCCGCCCUCAUGGUCGAGAUCCCCGGCACGGCCGACUGUCCCGCCGACCCUUCCGACCCGGCCGCGGGCGACCGCCUCUGGAGCGCCGUCCUCGCGUGGAUGCAGGCCGACGCGCGCUUCGACAUGACCCGCGUGCUGGUGUGGGGCCUCAGCGCCGGCGGGUACUACGCCGUGCGAGCAGCGCACACGCACCGGGAGCAGCUUCGGGGCGUGGUGGCGCAGGGCGCCGGGGUGCACGAGUUCUUUGACCGGGCGUGGAUCGAGCGCGCCGAUGGCCACGAGUAUCCCUUUCGCUUGAGUCCGGCCAUGGCGUCGAAACACGGGUACAGCAGCGUCGAGGGCUACAAGAGCGGUGCGCAGAAGAAGUUCUCGCUGCUGGAGGCCGGGAUCCUGGAGAUGCCAUCCACGCGCCUCCUCCUCGUCAACGGGACGCACGACGGACUGAUGCCAAUCGAGGACUCGAUGUUGUUGUUCGAGCACGGCACCCCGAAAGAAGCGAGGUUCUUUGAUAAGGCGCUGCAUAUGGGAUACCCGAAGGCCAACUCGGCUGUGUACCCGUGGAUGGAGGCGGUGAUGGCUUGA